AUGGGUCUGAUCCUCCGCCCUCCCUCCCGGUGCGAGGGCCAGGCCUGCCAGCGCACGCUGGGCUUGGAGGAGCUGCUCCCUGUGGCUGCAGCGGCCCUCGCCCUGUAUUUUGGGAAGCAGGAGCCGGGGUUUAUUGACCAACUAGGAGAGGUUCUUCCUGUCGUUGAUGGAGAAACGCUGAAUGCAAACAGCCGAGAGCUUGGCGGGCUUCCAGCGGAGGUGGAGGGGCAGCUCCUCUCUUGUCGCAGAGACUCGCGAGAGGCCGUUAUUCCUUCUGAUCUCCGUUUGGCAGCUCUUGCAGGGGACGCUCCCAGAAGCGAGGAGGAUGGUGGCAGCGGCCAGGCGUGCCCUCCUGCUGCUGGGCUGCACGGCGAUCCUGCAGGUCACCGGUCUCCCUUCAGCAGGCACCAGAUUCCUGCUCAACUGCCCCGAGGGCUGGUCCUACUACAAGUCCAGCUGCUUCAGGUAUUUCCGCCAGCUCCGCACCUGGGACGAUGCACAGGCACAGUGCCAGAGCAGCCACUCUGGAGCCCACCUGGUGUGGGUGGAGGAGCCCAGGGAGGCAGCCACCCUGCGCAGGGUCAUCUCCUACUACCAGCGCUCGCAGCCCGUCUGGUUCGGCCUCCAGCAGCAGGUGAGGGGGCAAACAAAAGCUGGCUGUGGACCAGCGGGGACAAGUACGAUGACUCCAGCAAGCUUCCCGGGAACGGCGCCCACGGGGGGGACUGCGCCCUGCUGACCCACACCAGCGGCUUUUCCGUGUGGUCCAGCGCCGACUGCAAGCGGCGGCACCACUUCAUCUGGCCCGGCACGCUGAUAAGGGCCGGGGGGGCCACGCUGCCCGCCCACGGUGGGACCAGGCAGUUUAUAAAAGUGCUGCGUCAAGCCCGUCCCGCCGUCUGUCCCUCCGUUCGUCCAGCGGCCGGGGCGAAGAUGCUGCGCUUGGUCGGCCGCGCUGCGCGCUGCUGGGGGGCGAGGCGGGGGCCGGCGCGGGCACCCCGGGUGUCCCAGUGCCCCGCGGCCACGCAGCCGGCACGCCUCUCCAGCACCGCCGCGGCGGCGGCCGGCACGGGUACGUGGCCCAAGGACGUGGGCAUCCUGGCGCUGGAGGUGUACUUCCCCGCACAGUACGUGGAGCAGGCAGAGCUGGAGCGAUUCGACGGCGUGGAGGCCGGCAAGUACACGCGGGGCCUGGGCCAGCAGCAGAUGGGCUUCUGUGCCGCCCACGAGGACAUCAACUCCCUGUGCCUGACGGUGGUGCAGCGGCUGGUGGAGCGCGGCCGCCUCUCCUGGGACGCCAUCGGCCGCCUCGAGGUGGGCACCGAGACCGUCAUCGACAAGUCCAAGGCCGUCAAGACCGUCCUCAUGGAGCUCUUCCGCGACUCGGGCAACAGCGACGUGGAGGGCAUCGACACCACCAACGCCUGCUACGGCGGCACGGCCUCGCUCUUCAACGCCGCCGCCUGGGUCGAGUCCAGCGCCUGGGACGGCCGCUACGCCGUGGUGGUGUGCGGGGACAUCGCCGUCUACGCCACGGGAAACGCGCGGCCCACGGGAGGUGCCGGCGCCAUCGCCAUGCUGGUGGGACCCAACGCCCCCCUGGUGCUGGAGAGAGGCCUGCGGGGAACCCACAUGGAGCACGCCUACGACUUCUACAAGCCUGACCUGGCCUCCGAGUACCCGGUGGUGGACGGGCCCCUGUCCAUCCAGUGCUACCUGCGGGCGCUGGACCGCUGCUACGCCGUGUACCGCAGGAAGGCGGAGAGCCAGUGGCAGCAGGCCGGCAUCCACCGGCCCUUCACCCUCGACGACUUCAAGUUCAUCAUCUUCCACACGCCCUUCUGCAAGCUGGUGCAGAAGUCGGUGGGGCGGCUGCUGCUCAACGAUUUCCUGGCUGCCCCCAACCCCGACACGGCCGGCGGUCUCUACAAGGGGCUGCAGCCUUUUCGCGGCGUGAAGCUGGAGGACACCUACACCAGCAAGGAGGUGGAGAAGGCGUUCCAGGCGGCCAGCCAGGAGAUCUUCAACCAGAAGACCAAGCCCUCCCUGCUCCUCUCCUCCCGCAACGGCAACAUGUACACGCCGUCCAUGUACGGCUGCCUGGCCUCCCUCCUGGCACAGUGCUCGGCUCAGGACCUGGCCGGCUCCAGGAUCGGCGCCUUCUCCUACGGCUCGGGGCUGGCCGCCAGCAUGUUCUCGCUCCGUGUCUCGCAGGACGCUGCCCCGGGCUCGCCCCUGGACAAGCUGCUCUCCAGCCUGGCCGACCUGCCCACCCGCCUGGACGCCCGCAAGCGCGUGGCCCCGCAGGACUUCGCCGAGAUCAUGAAGCGCCGGGAGGAGACCCACCACCUGGCCAACCACACUCCCCACGGCUCCCACACCAACCUCUUCCCCGGCACCUGGUACCUGGAGCGGGUGGACGACAAGUACCGGCGGCAGUACGCCAGGAAGCCCCUCUAGGGCGCGGCGCGGGGAGGGGGGACGCUGCCCUCCCUGCCUGUCCCCAGCCCCUGGGCUGGCUUCAGUGGGACCCUGCGCCUCACAGGGCGGGGAAGCAGCGAGCACCCACUCGGGACGCCGAGAUGGCGGGGACGGGGGCGUUUUCAGCUCAAAUGCAGGCAGCACGGGGAAUAAAGCGCGGAUGCGAGGGGGAACGCCCCAGCUCUGGCU